AUGAAUGAACCCUCUUUAGUACUGCCGCACCCAUCGACACUAGCACCAGCUCCAUUGCCGCCAUCACUUCCCACUCGGGCUUCCUCGCACCCAGUGCACAAAACCCUCGCUAGUGCUGGAAACCUUGCAAGCCUUCUACCAACCGGAACUGUCCUUGCAUUUCAGGCCCUCUCACCCUUAUUCUCCAACAAGGGCACCUGUCAACUUGCCAACACAUACCUCACAGCCUCUCUCAUCGGAUUUUGUGUUGUCGUCUGUGUUCUCUCCUCCUUCACCGAUAGCUUUGUGGACUCCGAUGGGAAGCUCUACUUUGGAAUUGCCACCUUUAAAGGUUUAUACAUCUUUAACUACGAUAAUCAUGAGGGAGACAAGAAUAACAUAAAGGAGGAGUUAAUCAAGUUUAAGAUCAGUUGCAUAGACUUUAUUCAUGCAUUCACGUCGCUCUUUGUGUUCUUGAUCUUUGCUUUUAGCGAUUCUGACGUACAAAAUUGUUUCUUUCCUAAAGGAGGAGCUAACGAGAAUGUUUUGCUGGUGAAUCUGCCGCUAGGAGCUGGGGUUUUGUCGAGCUUUUUGUUCAUAAUCUUCCCAACUACGCGUAGGGGUAUAGGGUGUGCUGAUCAUAUGCGCCCCUAG